AUGGCUUCCCAAAUAUUGCCAUUGGAGCUCAUCGACAGGUGCAUCGGCUCGCGGAUCUGGGUCGUGAUGAAGAACGACCGCGAGUUCACCGGUACACUGCUCGGCUUCGAUGACUUCGUCAAUAUGGUACUAGAGGACGUGACCGAGUACGAAAUCACACCGACAGGACGGAAAAAGACGGCUUUGCGACAGACCCUACUGAAUGGAAAUAACAUCUGCAUGCUCAUACCGGGCAGCGAUGGGCCCGAAGGUGCAUAG